UGUCACUGUAAGUGUUAGUUCUGGGUCUGAACUCUGAAACAGGGUGUGGGAGAGUUCUGUAAUAGUGUACUGUUAAUGGUUUCUACAGCUAUUGCAUGUGUUCAUCUGCGCAGAUGAUAGUGCAGAGUCUUGGUUUUCUUCUCCAUCAAUGCUCCAAGGCCAGGACUUUCCGACAUGGCCAAUCCCUUCAUGCUGCAGUCAUCAAAGCAGGAUGCCAAGCUGACCUGAUCCUCUCCAACCAUGUUCUCAAUAUGUAUGCCAAGUGUGAUGGCAUUAAUGCUGCACGCCAAGCAUUUGACGAGAUGUCUGAGAGAAACUUAGUGUCAUGGUCAGCUAUGAUAUCCGGCUAUGACCAGGCUGGGGAGCCUGCAAUGGCACUCAACCUCUUCUCCGUAAUGCCAAUUGAACCUAAUGAAUAUAUCUAUGCCAGUGUUAUUAGUGCCUGUGCCAGCCUCUUGGCUUUGACACCGGGGAAACAGGUUCAUGCCCAAACAGUAAAAUCUGGCUACAUGCCCAUUUCUUUUGUUUCUAACUCGCUUAUCUCAAUGUACAUGAAUUGCGGUCUCUACAAUGAUGCACCUUCCAUAUUUACCAGCAUAUAUGAGCCGAAUUCUGUCUCUUAUAACGCAAUGAUCACUGGUUUUGCAGAAAACAUGCAACCAGAAAGGGCUUUCGAGGUGUUCAAACUCAUGCACCAACAAGGUGUUGUUCCAGACCGUUUUACUUUCAUGGGUGUCUUUGGAAUUUGUACGGGAAGGGAACACUUGUGGAGUGGUAUGGAGUUCCAUUGCCAAUCAAUUAAAUACGGGCUUGAAACCACUGCCAUUGUUGGCAAUGUGAUUUUAACCAUGUACUCAAAGUGCAAUUUGAUAGAGGAGACAGAGAAUGCCUUCAAAGCAAUUGAAAAGAAAGAUGUCAUAUCGUGGAACACCCUUAUUGCUGCUUGUUCUCACUGUGAAGAUCAUGCAAAGAGUUUGAGAAUUUUUAGAGAGAUGGGAAAUGCUGUUGGUGUAAAACCUGAUGAUUUCACAUUCACAAGUGCACUUGCUGCCUCUGCAGGUCUUGCUUCAGGGCGCCAUGGAGGCCAGAUUCAUGCUUAUCUGAUUAGAACAAGGCCGUAUCAGGAUGUAGGAGUUGGUAACGCUCUUAUGAACUUGUAUGCAAAAUGUGGUUGUAUUGGAUAUGCAAAAAGUGUUUUUAAUCAUAUGGUCCACCACAAUCUUGUCUCUUGGAACACUAUCAUAGCAGCAUUUGGAAAUCAUGGGCUUGGGAGGGAAGCUAUCGAAUUGUUUGAGCAGAUGAAGGCAAAGGGACCGCAACCAGAUUCCCUGACAUUCAUUGGACUUCUUAUAGCUUGCAACCAUGUGGGGCUUGUGGAUGAGGGUCAGGCCUACUUCAAAUCUAUGAAAGAAGUGUAUGGAAUAUCCCCGGAGAUCAAACAUGUUUCUUGUCUGAUUGAUCUGUUGGGGAGGGCUGGAAAAUUGGUAGAAGCUGAAGAACUCAUGAAGAGAUCUUCCUUUGAGAAUAAUGUAGUUAUCUUGGGGAGCUUACUUUCUGCAUGUCGGCUGUAUGGGGAUGUUGUGGUUGGGGAACGGGUGGCUUCUCAGCUUAUGAAGUUUCAGCCUGUGACCAGUUCACCUUAUGUUCUGUUGUCAAGCUUGUAUGCUUCAGAUGGAAGGUGGGAUGGUGUUGCUGAGGCGAGGAAGAUGUUGAAGGGUAGUAUGGUUAAAAAGGAGCCUGGGCAAAGCUUAAUAGAAGUAAAGGGAAUGAUAGAGAAAUUUACAGCUGGGGAUGUUUCUCAUUCAAGGAUGGAAGAGAUAGAGGAUAUACUGAGAAGUUUUAGUUGGACAGUGAGUGAGGUUUCUUUGUAAGCCUUACGGGAGCAACAUUAAAGAUGACAAUAUCAAUGAGUUUACUGAUAUAAAAUGUCUG